GGAGGAGAGACAGGACGUGUAGUAGUGAGCUCCCAAUACUCCGGCUACAGCUGCAGCACAUUGCCCCGGGAGCGCUAACACUGUGCAACCUCCGUGCUAAAGGAACAUUCCUCUUAAAUUCUAUCGCAGCCCCAUAGGCACCUACAGGCUUGGCUGCUAGUUCGAUUGGAGCAUAGACUUCAGCUUAUAUCCAGAGAAAUACGGGAUUUGCUGUUCCACCAAUGCUGCAGAGGCUGAUGCCCUUAACCCCCCAAAACCCUUGUGCAAGGAUUGCUUGUUGGGGGUAUCUGCUGCCAGGAGCUUUGUAACCGACCCCGACCCAACUUGCUGUGUAUGGUUCUGGGACCCCCAAACAUGACUACGCUGGAUUGUGCUAAUAACACCGGAGGUGUAAUAAGCUACGUGGGCUCCAGUGGCUCAUCGCCCAAUCGGACCAGCCCUGUCUCCAUGUACAGCGACUGCUCUAGUGGGAGCCCCCAGAGUGGUGUCAGCCACUAUGCCAACUACUUGCCUCCAUCUCCCUCCCACUCCUACAGUGCCAGCUCCUCUGGAUCUGGGGGAGAAGCCUCGCCACGCUCGUCCUACGGUCUUGCAGCUUCCCCGGGGGGGCUUCAUGUUGCACUGGAUGAUGGAAGCAGGGUGUCUCCUAGCAAAACCUCCAGCAGCAUUACCAAGCUGAAUGGUAUGGUCCUUCUGUGCAAGGUCUGUGGAGAUGUAGCUUCUGGAUUUCAUUAUGGCGUCCAUGCUUGUGAAGGUUGCAAGGGCUUUUUCCGACGCAGCAUCCAGCAGAACAUCCAGUACAAGAAAUGCCUGAAGAAUGAGACUUGCUCUAUAGUGAGGAUCAAUAGGAACCGCUGCCAGCAGUGCCGCUUCCGCAAGUGUCUCUCCGUGGGCAUGUCUCGAGAUGCUGUGAGGUUUGGUCGUAUCCCAAAGAGAGAGAAGCAGCGGAUGCUGGCAGAGAUGCACAGUGCUAUGAACCACAUUGCCAGCGGCCAUUUUGGAAGGCGAAGUCCAAUUCCACUUCAACCCCAUCAACAGCAGCAGCAGCAGCUCCAUCCCUCCUCCUCUCCCCUCAUGGGCACAGCGCCAUGCCACUCGCCCACGUCUCUGCCCGAUGCCUACUCACAGUACCCGCAGCAGCUGACCCCACCUAGAUCUCCCAGUCCGGAGCACAUGGAUGAUGUUAUCAGUCAGGUGUCCAUGGCGCACAGGCAGAUCUUUGUCUAUGCCAAUGACAAAGUGAACAAAAAGACUUCCUGGGACCAUCCUCAACCGUGCUGGUCACAUGACACUGAGGAUUCCCAUGGCAACCAUAACAUUCGGCUGGCUUGCCCCAUGAAUGCUCUACAUCGGGGAGGUCCCGUCCGCUCUGUGCAAGAGGUGUGGGAAGACUUCUCACUCAGUUUCACCCCAGCUGUGCGAGAGGUAGUGGAAUUUGCCCGUCACAUUCCAGGGUUCAAAGACCUAACUCAGAACGACCAGGUCACCCUGCUCAAGGCUGGCACAUUUGAGGUACUGAUGGUGCGCUUUGCCUCCUUGUUUGAUGCUCGGGAACAUUCCUUGAGGUUCCUCAGCGGCGCCACUUACUCCCUUCCUGAACUGCAUGCUAUGGGAAUGGGUGAACUUCUCAGCUCCAUGUUCGACUUCAGUGAAAAGCUGUCAUCUCUCAGUCUGAGCCAGGAGGAGCUGGGCAUCUUUACAGCACUUGUACUGGUGUCUGCAGAUCGCUCCGGGAUGGAGAAUUCCUCCUUAGUAGAGCAGCUUCAAGAGACUCUCAUACGUGCCCUUCGUUCCCUCAUCCUGAAGAACAGUCCAAACGAUACCUCCCGCUUCACCAAGCUGCUCCUGCGCCUCCCGGACCUGCGCACCCUGAACAACAUGCACUCCGAGAAACUGCUCUCCUUUCGUGUCGAUGCCCACUGAUGGCACCAUGGAGCCUAAGCGUUGGUUGGGCAGAGCACUGGCACUUUAAACUGAACCUAGAAAGCCGAGUGGCUAUACAAGCUGUGCCUAUUUGGAGAUAUGGCCGAUCACGGGCAGGACGGACGGAGGUGGAAUCAUAGUGAUAAGGUGGCAGGGGGAUCACAGGAAGCUGCUAAAACAUGGAUGAACCACAUGACGAUGAUGAAGUAUGACAUCAGCUUUGUGCCGUUGACCUCAUAGACAGUAAUUCAAUGGUAUAGACUCUUCCAAGAGAUGGGAAAGGCUGAAUCAUGGCUCUCUUGUUUGGGAACAUUUUCAGAGGGAUGUACAUAGACCUGUAUAUAUAUAGAUAUAUAAAUAUCACAUAAAUAUGUACAAAUGACCUGUAAAUAAGAACCUGGUGGAUAUAAAUAUGAAUAUUUUAUUCAAUACUUUAAAGUCUCUGUCUCACUACCCUUCCCGCCCAAUGGCCGUUGGGCUCACAGUGCUACGCUUUGCAUGUUCUCCUUGUAUUGUCCUACAAAGUAGCGUAGGCUGUUCUGACUUCAGAAUGUUCUCAAUACAUAUAUAAGGGAUGAAAGCCAUGUGCCCCCCAUCUUGGAUUCUACAACGCAUCACGGUAUAUCCGUUUGGGUUUCUGAAACAGGACAGACUUAUCGACGUGACUAUACAGGGUUAUAGGGGCACCGUGCUGUGAAGAUCUCAUUUCUUUGUGUGUGUGUGUGUAAAUAUAUGUUUUAUUUAUUUUUUUUGUAACUAUUUAUAAAUCAAUACUUCAGCUACCAAUAAAUAAAUGUUUUACCAA